AGACACAGAGGCGUCUGUAGGACUGACUCCAGACAAAGAGGCUGAUUCACAGCAGCUUCUAAUGACUUGAACCGCAUCCAGAUUUUCAAAGGGCAAAAACACCACAACAGUGGGUUUUCUCUAACUGUGACCAUACAGCUCCCACUAUCCUUCACUUCUUCUACCUGUCGUGCUCUCUUCCUGACCUUACUGACGUCAUAUCCUCUUUCCGCCACACCUAACCUCGUCUUCCCUCAGGUUUCUAAGGUGGAGCUGUUUUGACCCGUAACAGCAGUGAAAAAGACCGAUUCAACACUCAACUAUGGUGGUUUAGUCGGACGCUUAAGCUUUUACCGACUUGACAGUGUCAACAGAAAUGAGUCAUCCGCCCCGUUCAAACCGGGGACACCGGGAUAAAAAUGGGGACCAUCGACAUAAUAGAGACUCUCGUGAUGACAGAUCCUCGUCCUCUCGACCACCGUACUACCCCAGAGAGACAGACUCACCUCCCAAACAUGUGCGUGAAGUCCCACGAGUGCAGCAUGAGGGCUCCAAAUGCACACACAUCUGCUCCAGGAGAGGUAUCGUCCUGAUCUGUGCCGUGUUGACCAACGCUCUGGUGCUUAUCUGUGUGAUCGCAGCUCACAUGGUCUCAUCAGGAAUAACUUCCGCUGCUGGUGUGGGAGGGUUCAAUAUUAACUCCCACCUCAACAUGCAGGGCACUGAGCUGCAAAAAGCUCGAGAACUGGACAUGCAGUACAGCCAGAUGAGGGCGCCGGGGAUCUACGGUGGCCUGGCCUUCAGCCUGACCUUUGCUGUCAUCUCACUGCUGUUUGUCGUUGCUGGGAACAAACCACCUCACCUGAUGACGAGGAAGCUUCUGGUGGGAGCGUUGUUGUUCCAAGCAGUGGGGGCUGUGGUCUACGUGGUGGCUGUCGGCCUCUACCUGCACUUUAUCAUCAGGGUCAACUCCACAGAUGUGUGUCAGCAGCGGGAGAGGCUGUACGCUCGCAGUGGAUACACCUGGAUGAACUGUGAUGUGAGUGGGGGAGAUGCAGCCGUGGCUCUGUUCGGACUCAUUACAGCCAUUCUGUAUAUAGUAGGAACAGUGCUCACUGUCCAGACCAUCAGAGGAGUGAAGCGCUACCUACAGGAGAGGAAACGCAGGGACGCAGAGAGACCAAGGGCCCCGCUGAGGGCCGAAACAACUGCUGUGUGAGGAAUCAAAGUUAAACCUAAGGACUAAAAUUUCUUGAUAGCAGUGCAACAGUUCACAACAUAUAAGCUUCACUCACACAGGCACAGAGGCAUUAAUCGUCAGCCAGGAACAUUAAGGUUAAUUAUGAAAUUUUAAAACAAACCAUUGCCUCAAGAUUUUAUUUUUGUGUUUUCUUCAACAUUGGAUCCCACGAGUUCUGACCACGAUCCUGGGGGACACCUGCAGACAACAGACCCACCAGCACAAAAGAAAAAGCUCUGUGCCUGCCAUCAUGAACAAAACAUGUUAAAUGAACAAUCCAGUGUAAAUAUUUUUUUAAUGACACCAUGAAAUGUAUUUUCCUGUUUAAUUUUUGUAUGGUACUAAUUGAUUCAUGUGGAACUUUCCUUACUUCUCAUAUGCUUUGUUUGUGAUUGGUAAAAGUAAAUGGAUUAGCUCAGUUGUUCAUGUAAUCAGUUUACACCAUGCUGUGAUAGACAUCUGGUAUUUGAAGUGUUUGUUCACGAGACUCUGAGCCAUGCUGGGAUUUGAGAGUUUUAACCUGUGUAAGUUUUAAUAAUGUAGCUUUUAUAAUGACAUUUUUCACUACAGCUUAAUGUGCACUCUGAUAUUAAAAUUGUAUCUACUGAAA